UCGUACACAGCAACGCUCUCUCACUCGAAGAGAAAAAAAAAAAUUACUAAAAAAAUAAAAAGAGAAAAGCUCUCUCAGAUUCACAGGCAAUCCAACAAUGGCGUAUAUGCUGUCUCUGAAACUGGUUCUGAUCUCUACCGGUGUGUUAACCAUGGCCAUGGCGUUGAAGGUCUCGGUCCCUGUGGUAUCGGAUUUCGUGGUCUCGGAAAUCCCUUCCAUUUGGAGCAUCGUGCUGACGUGGCUGAGACCUCCUUACCUCUACAUCGUCAUCAACUGCAUCAUCAUCAGCAUCGUCGCUUCCUCCAAGCUCCACACGAGGACCGAAGAAGAUCCGGCGCCGGAGAUGGUUCCGCUUACUCCUGUGCCGGUUGUGAAAGUCUCCGAUGACGUGUACGAAAGCGGCGUCGUUUUGAGUGGCGGAGGACUAGGAUAUAGUGUUGGUUACGAUGCGGCGGAGAAGAAAGUGAUGGACGGCGGUGAUGAUGAGGCUGCGGUGGUGGCGUCGAGGCCGGUUGAGAGGAAAGAUUCAAUGGAGCUUUCGUUUUUGAGUAAUGAGAAUGAGAAACCGCCGGUUUCUGCGAGAUUCGCUCACCGAAAAGUUGUGAAAGCUAGUCCUGAAGGGGUGAGAUCAUUGGGAGUGUCGAAGCCGAAGCGGCAGGAGACGUUGGAGAACACGUGGAAAACAAUAACGGAGGGGCGUUCGAUGCCGUUGGCGAGGCACUUGAAGAAAUCCGACACGUGGGACUCGCAUGUGCGACGCAACCCGACACUAAAUGACGAGAACGACAACACUACCACUCCUCCGACUCAGAAAAUGAAGAAGUCCGAGACGUUCAGCGACAACAGAAGCAAUGCCAAUAACUCGUCGCUGAGUCCUUCGCCGGGAUCGGGCCGACUCAGGAGGGAACCGUCACUGAGUCAGGACGAACUGAACCGGCGAGUGGAGGCUUUCAUCAAUAAGUUCAACGAGGAAAUGAGGUUGCAGAGACAGGAGUCUUUGAAUCAGUACCAAGAGAUGAUCCUCCGUGGAGGUGGGGCCCAAUAGAAACUUCAAAAAAAAAGAAGGAAAAAAGAGCUUUGUGAAGAAGAUGGAAUCUCAACUUGCAAUUUUUUUUUUUUGAACUAACAAUUUGGGAGAGAUAAUUGUGGUUGGUCUGCAUUUUCUUUGGGGUUCAAAGAAUAGGUUUUUUUUCUUUGAGAAAAAAGGAAAUGGGUGUGGUUUUUUUGGAUGAUUUGAAGUAAGGUCUUGGGUCUGUAAAAUUUUAAGUUUUAGAUGUUGAUGUCCCAAAUUUUCUUUGGGUAGAAAAUUUUAGGAUUUUGGAAUGGCAAUUGGCAAAGACUGGAUUUUGAGGUCCAUUCCAUUUUGUUGCAAUUUGUUUAGAUUUGAAAUGGCAAUGUAUUAUAUUACCUACCGGACGAAAGUACUUCAUAUUUAGUAGUUUGAGUUGUGAAAGUAAUAAGAAAAUGAGCAAAACUUGAGCUA